AUGGAAAAUAAUUUAACAAAUAAUUUUGAUGAAUCAAUUUUUAUUAAACCAAUAGAAUAUUAUGUGGCUCUUUCUAUAAAUCCUUAUUCAAUAGAAAAUGAAAGAAAAAAAUAUUGGGAUAUAUUAUGCCAAAGAAUAGUAAAAGAUGUUGAAGGACCACAAAUUGUUACAAAAUGUUUUUCACAUAAAAUAUUAAGUCCUGAUCAUAAUGAAGCAUCAAUUACAAUUGAUGUUAUUGAAUAUUGUUUAAGAAUAUGUGGAUAUCGUCUUGCUGUUGACUUAGGAAAAUAUAAAUUUUUAAAUUCUAUUAUAAAAUUAUUAUCACCAAAAUAUUUAGGAAAUGAAACACCAAAAGAAAUUAAAGAUAAAGUAAUUGUAUUAUUGUAUGGUUGGCAAAAAUAUAUUGGUCAUAUAGGAAAUUUUAAAGAAGUUUAUAUGUUAUUAAAAAAACAAAAUUUAAUUUUAAAUGAUCCUAAAGUAGAUAUUGAUGAGUAUGUUAUUGAACCAAAAAAACCUGUUAAAAUGGUUUGUUUUGAAGAUGAAGAAAAAUCAAAAUUACUUUCAUUAUUAUUAGCAAGUAAAAAAGAAGAAGAUUUAGUAGCAGCAAAUAAGUUAAUUAAAAGUCUUGUUAAAUCAGAAGAAAAGAAAACAGAAAGAAAAAUAAAAAAAAUGAAAGAUGUUGAAAAAGUUAAAGAUUAUAUUUGUAUUCUUUAUGAAUUAUUAAAUAAUUAUUCUGUAAAUACAACAACUCCUGAGGAAUGUAGAACAAUAGGAGAAUUAUAUAAUAAAACAUUAAAAUUUCAACCAAUAAUACAAAAUUACGCAAAUGAAACAGAAGAGCAUGAGAAUGAUUUUCUUAAAGAAUUACUAGAUGUUAAUGACGAUAUAUUACGUAUUUUAGAAAUAUAUGAUAAACUUUUUAAAGAUGAUAAUCAUAAAAAAAAUAACACAUUAAAUCAUAAUAAAAUAGAAAAUGGAAUGAAACGCGUUACUUGGAGUGAUGAAAGUGAAGGAAGUUCUCUAGAAACUAUUGUUAAUGAUGAUGAUGAUAUAUUAAGUAUCUGGUCCAGGCAAAAUACACCACAGAUUCAAAAAAAAAUUAUGAAACCAGUAUCAAUUAUAAAUACUACAUCAAAUGAUAGUAUAAAUUCAAAUCAAAAUGACUAUACAACUUUUAAUUCAAAAGUGGAAUUUGAUAGCAAUUAUGAUUUAAUUUGUGAUGAUCUUCAAGAUUUAGAAUUUCCUUUACAACCUAAAAUAGAAAAAGUUGAAUUUAAAUUAAAAGACGAUGAGAAUGACUCUGGAAUAUUUUUAAAAAAUUUUUCAUUAACAUUAAAUGAUUUGGAAAUUGAUUCAAAAGAUCCAUUAACAAUUUUUGAUUUACAUAAUAUAAAAAUAAUUUUAUACUAUACAAAACCAAAAAGAAAAUUAUUUAACAAAAAUAUUAUUAUAACAUUUGUCACAAUAACCAAUUUUAAUACACAUCCAUUAUCAGAAGUUAAACUUUAUCUUCAAUCACGUGUAAAAAUUGUCAAUUUUAAAUUAGAGAAGACAUCAAAAAAAGAACUUCAAUCUUUUAAUCCUUUGUCAUCUGCACAGUCAAUAAAUCAAUUACUUUAUAUUUUACCACUCUCAGAUAAUAUUAAAGAAUGUGAAUUUAAUUUUCAACUAUCAUUUACUUCAAAAAAUAACAAUUUUCAAGAAUGUGGACUAUUUUUAUUAAAGUUAGCAUGA